UUAACCUACACCACAGCAACUCUGUGUCAGCAACUAGCUGUGGGUAAGGCAGAUAUGGCACUUAUUCAGGAACCCUUGUUAUACAAGGUUCAAAUAAGGGGCUUAACUAACACAGGGGGAACAGUUUACUCUGCUGUACCCAAUAACAAUGCAAGAUCCUGUGUUUAUAUCAGGAAUCAUGUUAAUGCCUUGCCUUUGCUGGAGCUGUUCUAGGGAUGCAACAGCGGUAAGGAUAACAUACACAUAUCGAGGAGGCAGCAGGGAGCUGAUUAUUGCUUUAGUCUACCUUCCAUAUGACUCGGAUGAACCACCACCAGCUAAGGAAAUGAGGGACAUCAUAGAUUACUGCUUUAGCAGGAAAAAGCAACUCACCAUUGGAUAUGAUGCCAAUACGCACCACAUCUUAUGGGAAAGCACCGGCACUAAUCCAAGGGGAGAGAGCCUUAUGGAAUUUCUGCAGAUUACAGAACAUCAAAAACUGGACACUGUGGAGAGGUCGACCCCCUCCAAAACGGAAAAGGAAACAAGGAAUAGAGGAGGAACCUGUAAUGUAGAAACACCAGCCUCCCCGGCAUGAAUGGACAAUGAAAGUAUGAGUGAAUGUGAUACAACAGAUCGAUGAACGCUGGACCAUGGAACUGCUCGAGACAAGCAUUUUUAAAAAAGGGGAGCGGAGGUAGCGCGCCAAAGAUGAACACCAGAGAAGAGAAAAAGGAACGGAGAUGUAUCGUUAGGCUGUUCAGGACGAACAACCUUUAGAAGGGAGCAGUGUGACGUAUUUGCGCUAUGCAGGACACCACCCCUCCAGCGGUGACAUAACAGCAUCGGAGCAACUGCCACUGCUACGGUAACAGGCCAAUCAACACUCCGUCCCCUCCCCCGCGGUAACGUAAUAAGGGACACCACGGUUACUACACAGCAAUAAACAACUAUCGGCAACGUUCCAGCAACGUCUGUAAACACUGAGUUUAUGCAACAGUGAAGCGAUGUGGGUUUUCCGUUUGCCGACUCCAACUGCUACAACAUAUUUAUCACGAGUGACCAGUUAAUUACAAAUAAUUCCAAGCCUCAAAUUGUUGAAACUGCAUUCUCCAGUUGCUAAGAGUUCCCCAUCCAAACAACAACAGACGUAACAAUGAAAACAAGAAAAAUGACAACAAAUACAAUAAAAAGCAACACAAAGAUUACAACAAUGAGAGCAUAAAUAUAUGCAUCAUGAAGUCCAGAAGCUUGAGGACUUCUGAGCUAUAAAGUGGUACCAACUUCUUGGGAAGAAAUCAGUAACCUGCAGUUUCACUUAGACCAUGAAGAUGAAGGCAGCAGAUUCUCCCCAAAUGCUGAUACCUAUGUAUUGAAUGAUCAAGUGUCAUAACCCAGAGAUCUGUGGGAACAUCCCACAUAGUAACAGGUAUAGAACAUCGACAAUCCCACAGAUCCAUAAUCUUCAUAUUUACUGUAAUGCCGCUAAGGUUACGUACAUGUAGAUAUAGUUUUGGGGUAAAAUUUGAAUAUUAGUAGCUAGACUAUAAGAUUAAGAAGUAGCCAUGAUGAAACGGACCAGGAAGUUUAGGUCUACAAAGAAUUGUAACAGGGAAUGCCUGAGUCAUUAGAAUGCUAACCCGGCAGUGUAAUAGCGCUGACAUUGAGGAAGGAGCUAUAUGAAGUGGGUCAUAAACACUAUGGCAGGAGGAAAACGCUGAGUCAGAGG